UUGGAGGAACUGCAGCCUUUCAGUUUCAUUUUCCUGAAAGAGGAGGGUUUUAUCUUGGCCUUGUGAGGGGAAGCUGCUGUGGAAUGCCCCUGGAAGCAAGAGAAACUUCUGGAACUCAACUCAAAUUCUUGGCCUUCGCUGGCCAGUUACCAAGUGUCUGGAUCAUGGGAGCUAUUGAGAGUUUGUGAAUAGUGUCCGCAGUGCGGCGGGCAGGAAACCGAGCAUGACCAGGCAAGCCUUGUAGGCAACCGUGACCCAGCAGCAGCCAGAGUUGUGUGUCAAGCCAGCGGUGUCCCAGUAGUGGCCAUAGAGUGGCUCUCUGGCCAGCUAUGUGACACAUUUACCAGCAUACAUCUCCUAUGGCCCUGGCUCUCUGAAGUGACCUGUCCUUUGAGGCUCACACAUACGUGGUCAGAAUUCUAGGCUGACAAUGUUCAGGUAACAAAUACAGAGACCUGCUCACCGCCAUGCCAGUGAGGUUGGCCGGAAGACACCCAGAAGCCUGCCCAGGACGUGGCCUGGCUGUAAGGAGCCACAGUGACAAACAAGUGUGUGGCGGAGAGUUGGAGAGAGAGAGAGAGAGAGAGAGAAGCAGAGCUAGAAACAAGAGAGUGGAAAGGAACAGCCUGGUGUGAGUAGCCAGCCCCACCACCUAAGGCCAUGAUCACCUGCACCGUGGAGGGCGCGACUGCCAGCUUCGGCCGAGGCUUCGCCCAGAAGGCCGGCUACUUCCUGUGUCUGAGCACACUGGGCAGCCCGGAGAACCCUCAGGACAAUGUGGUAGUGGACAUGCAGAUCGUGAUGGACAAGGGCCCCCUGCCGUCAGGCUUCUCUACAGUCAACGACCCUCAGGACACCAAGGCCUCUGUGUCCAAGAAGAAACGCAUGUGUGUGAAGCUGAUGCCCCUGGGAACAGCUGACAUGGUCGUGAGUGAUGUAAAGCUCAGUGGGAAGACCAAGACAGUGCCUGGAUACCUGCGAGUAGGGGACAUUGGUGGCUUUGCCAUCUGGUGCAAGAAAUCCAAAGCCCCAAGACCAGUGCCCAAGCCUCGCACGCUCAGCCAGGACAUUCGAGGUCUCUCACUGGAUCCACCCAAAGAGCCCAGCAAAGGCUGCCACCCAGAACGGACACUGUCCAGGUUGGGCUCUCGGGCUUCCACUCUACGGAGGAAUGACUCCAUCUACGAGGCGUCCAGCCUCUAUGGCAUCUCAGCCUUCCUGGGUUCUUUCGUUGCAGCCAUGGAUGGGGUUCCCUUUACCCUGCACCCGAGAUUCGAAGGCAAGAGCGGUGGGCCUUUGAACUUGUCUGCCUUUGGGGACCUGACGAUUAAAUCACUGGCAGACAUUGAGAAGGAGUAUAACUAUGGCUUCGUGGUAGAGAAGACUGCAGCUGCACGCCUGCCCCCCAGCGUCUCAUAGGCCAGCCGCAGGUGCCACCUGGCCGCCACCUGCCUCGCAGACAUUGCUGAUGGACACCCAGCCUCUCAGCCCGGCUGCUUGCACAGAGGGUCUCUUGCCUGGUGGUACAAAGCAAUGGCCUUCUUUUGUCAGAAGUCUGCGUCUCAAGGCUGCGUAUGCGCCAGCAGUAAAUGCUACCUGGGUUCCACUGUG